CUCAAGAUUUGUCUUGUGUGGCUUAUCCUCUAUAAGGUGAAAAUGAAGAUUCAAGUUGAAGUUCUCUCUAGAGAAACCAUCAAACCAUCUUCUCCAACCCCUUCCCCCCUUCGAAACUACCCUCUCUCUUUUCUUGAUCAAAUAUCCCCUCCAAUCUACAUGCCUAUGAUCUUUUUCUAUGAAUCGAGCUUCAACACCAAUUUGAGCAAUGAUGACAAAUCUGAUCGGCUUAAGAUAUCCUUAUCCGAGACUUUAACACGCUUCUAUCCCCUUGCAGGAAGACUUGUAGACAACAUCUCCAUAGACUGCAACGACGAGGGGAUUGUGUACUCGGAAGCCAGAGUCAAGUGCCAACUCGUUCAAGUAAUCCAAGGCCUAGCUCCUGAUGAACUCAACAAAUUUCUACCUUGUGAACUCGAUGAUGUCGAUGAAACUGUACUAGCCGUCCAAGUCAACUUCUUCGAUUGUGGUGGAAUGGCUAUUGGAGUUUGCACUUCUCACAAAAUUGCUGAUGCCUUGUCGAUUGCUUUGUUAAUCACUGGUUGGGCUGCGACUUCGCGUGGCGAUAGUAACAUAUUGUGUCCACAAUUCGAGUCAGCCAAGCUGUUUCCACCUAGAAAUAUUUCGGGGUUUAAACCAACCGUGGGGAUAACUAAGGAGAAGAUUGUCGUAAAGAGGUUUGUGUUCAAUAACUCCAUUGUAGCUGCUCUUAGAGAAAAAUACACUGACUUUAAUGAUUUACGUCCAACACGCAUUGAGGCAUUAUCUGCUUUCAUUUGGGAUCGAUUCAGAGCACUGACUGAAAUAGAAUCAAGUCCUAAAAAAAUGUACAGUGUGCUUCAUGCGGUGAACCUACGUACGAGGAUGGAUCCUCCAUUGCCGGAACAUUCUUUUGGUAAUCUUUACCGAAUAGCCAUAGCAACACCAUCAAUGGACACCAGAGAUGAGAGUUGUGACCUUGUGAAGCAGAUGAGAGAGGCAAUAAAGAACAUAGAUGGGGAUUACGUAACAAAGCUCCGAGAAGGCGACGAACACUUGAACUUGCUCAAAGAGAAUGCUCAAAGGUUCGAAAAAGGAGAGAUGGUUUCAUUUAGCUUCACUAGUUUGUGCAGGUUCCGACUGUAUGAUGUAGAUUUUGGGUGGGGGAGACCUGUGAAGGUGGGCUCAACUAGGCUGACUUUCAAGAACUUAGUCACUUUCAUGGACACCAGAGAAGGUGAUGGAAUAGAAGCAUGGCUAAAUUUGGAGGAGGGAGAUAUGGUAAAAUUUGAAGUUGACGAGGAGUUGCUUGCACAUAUUUCUCCAACCUCUGGAUGA